AAUCCCAUUUUUCCUGUUCUUUUCUGUCUGUCCUGCAGUAGUGGAGGUGAAGAGCAGCCUCCCGUCGGGCAUGCAGAGCCCGGUGGGAACAGCCAACGAGCUCAGAGGAGGAGGUGGAGAGGGUGGUGAGGGUCCAGGGGAAGGCCCAGGAGGAGGAGGAAGCCCGAUGGACCUGCGGACAGAGCCCAGGGUGGGGUCUCUGUCUGGGGGUUCAGCGGCGGUGGACACGACCCUGAGAGAGCAGCAGCUCCAGCAGGAACUGGUGAUACUCAAACAGCAGCAGGAGCUCCAGAAACAGCUGCUGUUUGCAGAGUUCCAAAAAAAACACGAAGUGCUAACGAGACAACACGAAGUCCAGCUGCAGGAACACCUGAAGCAACAGCAGGAGCUGCUGGCAGCGAAGCGGCAGCAGGAGCUGGAGCAGAAGAGAAAACUGGAGCAGCAACGACACGAAGAACAGGAGAAACAGAGACUGGAGCAGCAACUGCUGCUGCUGAGGCACAAGGAGAAAGGAAAAGAGAGUGCCAUCGCCAGCACGGAAGUGAAGCUGAAGCUCCAGGAGUUCCUGCUCAGUAAGAAAGAGCCUGGUCCUGGUGGACUGAACCAUUCCUUCUCCCCAAAAUGCUG